GUCUGCGGGCUGCUGAAACCGGAAGUGCGGUGCUGUGGGCGCCCCGCGGAGAUUGGUUCACCUUCACCUGCGCGAGCCCCCGCCGACCCAGGUGGGAAGCCAAAAGAGCAGUGAGACAUGAACGGAAGAGUGGAUUAUUUUGUCACUGAGGAGGAAAUCAAUCUUACCAGAGGACCCUCGGGGCUGGGCUUCAACAUCGUCGGUGGCACAGAUCAGCAGUAUGUCUCCAACGACAGUGGCAUCUACGUCAGCCGCAUCAAAGAGAAUGGGGCUGCGGCCCUGGAUGGGCGGCUCCAGGAGGGUGAUAAGAUCCUCUCGGUAAAUGGCCGAGACCUAAGGAACUUGCUGCACCAGGAUGCUGUAGACCUUUUUCGUAAUGCGGGCUAUGCUGUGUCCCUGAGAGUGCAGCACCGGUUACAGGUGCAGAAUGGGCCUAUAGGACAUCGAAGUGAAGGGGAGCCUAGUGGCAUCCCCAUAGCUCUGGUGCUGGUGCCAGUGUUUGCCCUCACCAUGGUGGCAGCCUGGGCCUUCAUGAGAUACCGGCAGCAACUAUGAGAAGCUUGUUCUCUUCCAGUGCUCCCACUAGAAGACACAUUUUCUUUCCCUCUCACCCUCGUCCCCUGCCAUUCUCCCAUAUCCUUCCCUCUCUCUGCAUAGCCAACAUGUCACUGAAAGAGACUGCUACCCAAGCAGGACCUCACUGUCCAAAUGUCCACAUCCUCAUAUCUAAUGGGAGAGUGAAGGCAUUAUUUGAAAGAAAGCUGAAGAAAAGACAUGCUUAGAACAAAUGGGGAGUUAUGUAUUUUGCUAGGAUCACCAAUAGAAGUUCAGCUACAACCCAAAGAGGGAAAGGUCCAGUCUUUCCAUCAGCACAGGUGAUACCUUUUUCUGAGCUGGCAUGCCUCAGAAGGCCAGCUGUGUGAUGCAAGAGAGGAUUUUUCUUCUUAAUGAUCUUCCUUGGGAAGUUUUUGUGGCCUUUAUUUAAUUUCUGUCUACGUACUUGGGUGCCUAUAUCAAACACAGGAUAAUGAGAGCCUUUUUACUUUUGUAAAACAAAUGUGUGCGCACGUGUGCGCCCGCGCACACACACAUGCACACACACACAUACACAUAUCCAUACAUGACAGUACAAUAGUGAUGCCUUACGGAGAAUUAAAGAAGUGGAAAGCUGCUCUGUGGUUUCAGGUUUCUGAUAAAAGGGAAGUUCUUAAUGGAAGAAUUUGAUAUAUAGCGGGAGUGAGAGAAUGAGCCUUGAAAGAGGAAGCCCAAUCUGAGUCAUUUAAAAAAAAAAAAGCAACUAAUUAAAAAUCUUAGAACAAUAUUUCUUCUCAUAAUAGCUAUGCUGAAGUGGAGGUAAAAUGCCAUAAUCCAGCUUUGUGCAAGUCAAUCUGUUCCACACCCUUUGAGAUGUAAAGAUAAAUCUUACUCGUUCUCUGGGCUGCCCCAGUGACUUUUUUGGUACCUCAUAGUCCUGUUAAAGGAUCAGCUGGAAUGACUGUGGUCAGAGCUUUGGUGAUGAGGCCAGACCAACCCAGUGAAAAAACACUAAAAGACAAAAGGAUAAUGCUCCCAAGAUGACACCUGAACUCUCUCAGGCCAUCUAACAGAUUUUUUUGGUUUCUAGUGAUAGGCAAAUUCUAAGAGAAGGAACUGCUCUCUGGCAGGAUAGGCAUGAAAUCAGCUCUGCUUCUGAUUCAGUUGAGAGGGUUUGGAUUGCAGGUUUUUUUGAAAGGCUCUAAACACUGGCAGGGAAUGGGAAGGAAAGGGGUUUUGUUUUGUUUCAGUGGGUAGGGAAGUUUGGUGGAUGUUUCAUGGGGAAACCUUGAGAGAAGGAUAUGGAUGAAUGGAUGCUCAGGAAUACCAAAGACAUUAACGAGGUGCAAACCAUUCUGUUCAUGUGAUAUCAAACAUUGGUUUUAAAACACUAGGGAGAGCUGAACCAAGGCUAAUUCUCUGGCUUAAAAAAAAAAUCCUUUCCAUCCUCCAAAUAUAUUAUCUAGACUAUAGGCCUUACAUAAUCCUGAGAGCAUGAGUAUGAAGACUUUCCCUGAGGCAACUAGUUGUGCCCAGUUUUUAGCAUGGAUAAUCCAGUAAGCAUUUGUUGAUUGGACACCACCUUUGUUAAGACACUUUCACAAAGAAUGUCACAUUUAUAUUGCAGACAGCAACAGGGAACGGUUACUGAGAAGACACUUGAGAAAGUUUCAUGGAGGAAGGGGAUGAAUUAAGGACCCUUGAGGAGCUCAUAGUCUAGUUAAGAGAAUUCAUAAAUAGAUGAGAAGUUAAAAGUAGCAACAGAGAUGUGCAGCAGCCAUCACAUUUCCCCCCCCCCCCCAGGAAUUCCAAAAAAGAAAGCUGUCGCGUAAUGGCAUCAGGCCAGAGUGGGACGGGGAGGCUUUUAAAAAUAACCCUUGUAAGACCUUGCCUCUGGGCCAACCAUUGGUAUAGGGAGAAACUUGCUUUAAACAAUCCUGAUGGGGCUUAGGCCUUUAGACCUGAAGUGUUCAGUACCUUUGAGCCUCACUUGGACGGCUGCACCUGUGGAUCAGCAAAGACACGCUGACAGUAUUCCAGUUCUCACCUUGACCAGCCCCGCUGUGCGGGCCCAAGCCGUGCCGCCCUCCCUGCGUCUGGAGGCUUGUGCAACAGCUUCUGCCGUGGGCCUGCUUCCCUCCCAGGAUUCAUCUCAGGGUUUGGACAUCAACUCCUGAGAGGACCUUGAGACGUUCACAAUGAAGCAAAUGGCACGCAGGAGAGAAAGCUAUCUAGUGUUUUUUUGUUUGUUGGUAGAUGUAAAUAAAAAGGACUCCUAUCCCCUCGUUGGUAGAAGUUUUGCUUUGUUUAAUCUAUAUAGGGAUUCUUAUGCACUUUAAUAAUUUAGGUUUUCCCUGGAAUUAAAGAGCAUUUAAAGAUCCAUGAUUAAAGUUUUCGGCAAGUAUACUAUUAGUUUUUGUUUCUGAUUCUCUAGAAAACUAAAUUAUUAUCCUAGAUGAGGUAUCGGAUUUUACUCUAAGUCAUUAAAAAAAUUCAUGAUCUUUAUAGAUGGAAUCUAAUACUUCUUUCACGUUUUAGAUUGUAUCUAAUAUUCCUGCUACCUAAAUUACUGUGUUUAAAGUUUUGAAAAUUGAGUGCAAGUAUUUUAAGACAAUAUACUUAAAACACUUCUCUGUAUUUAUCAUCUUAUAUUACACAUAGAAUUUAGUAAGACAUUGUUUGCUUCUGUUGUCUCUCUUUUCCUGCCAAGUUUUAAUCUGUGCUAUUGAUUUCACUUAAUUAUUCACACCGUCUAGCCAUGUGUAAUGGAAAAAGGAAAUUAAUAUUUGUUACUGCAUUUUGUGCCACGUAGUAUACUAAACCUGGGUGGGUACACUAUUUGUUCAUGACUCACAACUCUGAGAUCUAAGUAUUGUUAAAAAGACACUAAGGAAAAGAGAAAAAUUUACUUUUCCUAAGAUUACAUAGGUGGUAAUGAUAGAAUCAGGAUAUAAUUUAGGACUUCAGGUGCCACUGUCAAUGAUAUUUCUCACUGGCCGCAGCUCUCAAAGUGCGGUCUCUGGGUAAAAGCAUCGGUAUCACUGGGGAACUUGUUAGAAAAGUAAAUUCUUGGGCUUCACCCCAGACCUAUUGAAUCAAACUGCGUACAGCACCCAGCAAUCUGUGUUUUAACAAUCCCUCGAGGUGACUGGUUCACCUGUUUGAAAAUCACUGCUCUCUGCCGAUAGUUCUCCCCUUUUUCUCAGGUUAGAAUCAUCUGAAGAGCUUGUAAAAUUCUGGUGCCCAGGCUGCGCGUAGACCAAUAAAAUAAAAUCUCCUGGCGGCGGGGGGGGGGAGGUUGUGGUGAGACUUAGGCAGCAGUAAAAUAAAGUUCAUUAGGUGGAUUCCACUCUGUGGUGUCAGUAAACAAUGCUCCGUGGCAUUUAAAUUAUUAAAUAAAAACUUAAAGGAAUUAUCCAAAUCACACACAGGCAUUUGCUCCAGUAUAAAAUGAGAAUUUCACUUGGGCCUUUUUAGAGCCCAGCUCUCUGUGAGCUUAUGCCCAAGUAUAGAUGUAGAAUAAGAAAUAGAGCAUUCUACGGCUUCUUGUUUGCUGAGGACUGACCAGCAAAAUGCAUUAGUGUUUCAGUUUGUGCAUCUAGUAAAUAAAUUAGAACCCAAUCAAAGAACAUUGGAGCUAAAAGGGAGCAAGAAAGAUUCUAGGAUGAAUCUAAGAUAGAGAUGAGAAAAUCAAAGCUCAGAGAGGUAAACAACUCCGAUCGAUCAAAGACUUAAUCUGUUGCAGAGGUGCCCUUUCUGUCUCAUAUUUAUGUCUGGAAUGUAUGCACUACAUGAACAUGGAUGAAACUAUCCUUUUUAUCUCAAUCCAUUUCUAUCUUCUCUCUGGGCCUUGAAUAGAGACCGGGGACUGCAAGCCAUCAUGCAGAACUGGGAGAUUCCACGGAAUAAUCUGCGAAAGCCCUAAUACAAAGUUCAAUCACAUGAGUUCUUCUGUGACGAGUUCCAGUAGUUCUAAACUAGAGAAGGGUGUUUUUUGAUGUUGGACAUUGUUUUUAUUGUGUAAAUAACAAUUUAAACUAUAUUUAAAUAAAUGGAACAACAUAAACAUUAGGCUGUCAAUUAUGGGCAAGGGGUAGGGAGUGACGUUCGUGUAAUUUCAUGUGGAGCCAAUAAAGAUUUUAUU